AUGAAGCCUCUCUUUUCUGCAUUCACCGCCUGGUCAUGCAUCGUCAUUUCCGCAUUCGCCAUCGUCAUUCUUAGCGCCCUUGGGACGCUCUUCAAGUCUGGACAUGAAUCAAUGAUGGGCUCUACCAAUGAUCCUAAGGACGGCAAGAGCGUCGCUGCCACCAUAUUUGGUGCUGUCAUUGUCUACAUUGGAUUCCUCGUAUUCUGCUCAGGGCAGGCAUGGCUCCAUAGUCGACAGCGAUCAUCGAUUCAGUUAUCGUAG